GGGCGGCUGGGCCUGGCGGGCGCGCGGGCGGCCGGUUCAGCCGCUUCGAUGACGGUUUGUUGUGUUUAGACGGUGGGCCGCGCGCUGCCGCCCGGUGUCGAGGCUCGGAGCUGACCGGGCCCGGGCCUGGCGCCCGCGAGGCGGGGGCUGAACGAGCGGGGGCCCAGCGCGAGGCCAUGGAGAGCGGCGCCUGGGGCCGCCUGACCCGCCUCCACACCCUCGGCCUCGGCGACACCCACAGCGACUCCCCCAUCCUCCUCGUCAACCGCCAGUGGACCAUCGGCAGGAAGAAAGGGUGUGACUUGUCUUUUCCUGGCAAUAAACUUGUAUCCGGAGAUCACUGUAAAAUCAUUCGAGAAAACCCUGGACAGGUGUGGUUGGAAGACACCAGCACCAAUGGGACAGUCAUCAACAAAUCUAAAGUGGUGAAGAAGCAGAGCUACUUACUGCAGAACGGGGAUGCGAUUUAUGUUGUCUAUAGGAAGAAUGAACCAGAUCAGAAUGUCGCCUAUUUGUACAAAGCUCUGAGUUCAGAGGAGGCCAAGCCUGAAGAAGACCUAAUGGGGUCGACCUGCGAUAUGACUGAACCUAUUCAGGAGCUCUCAAGCUUGGACAGCGGUGCUGACAGAAACUCGCUCCUCUCGCCCACACCCUGUCCCAAACGAGCUGACCAGCCUUCCCAGGAAGAACCUCAUCCCUGCACUUCUAACUACGAUCCCUUCAUUACCUCUGUCGUCAGUCCGGAGUCUGCUGAGUCCAAUGUGUCCCCCGGAGUGUCGUGUGCGUCUCCAGGUGGUUCCCUGUCCAGUGCUGCUGGUCCCUCAGUGUCCACACAGGGACCCACCUGCUCAGUGACGUGUUGGUCUCUGGGCCCAAAGCCUCUCAGCGUUGCCUCAGCCUCAGCCCCGUCACACACUCAGUCACACAGAGAAAGCGCAUCAGGACCUAAAGCCACCAACCCGUUGCUCUGCCAGAUCCUGGCCAAAGAGGAGGAGACGACCGCGGAUGAUCUUGAGCCGACCAAAAAGAAACGGAAACGGGAAAGCGAUGGAGUGCCAUACCCUCCUGUCCUGGGGGAGGAACAGAGCUCCAGUAUCAGGCCGGGGGAGCUGGUCGCUGAACAAGGGACAUCGGAGGGGAAACAGCCCGACAAAAUGGAGGAGACUCUGACUUGUAUUAUCUGUCAGGAUCUCCUGCACGAUUGUGUCAGCCUGCAGCCCUGUAUGCACUCGUUCUGUGCGGCCUGUUACUCGGGCUGGAUGGAGAGGUCCUCGCUCUGCCCCACCUGCCGCUGCCCUGUCGAGCGGAUCAGCAAGAACCACAUGGUCAACAACCUGGUGGAGGCCUAUCUGCUCCAGCACCCAGAGAAGUGUCGGAGCGGGGAAGAGCUACAGAGCAUGGACGCCAGGAAUAAAAUAACACAGGACAUGCUGCAGCCCAAGAUUAAACGCUCGUUCUCUGACGAGGAGGGCAGCUCCGAGGAUUUCCUGGAGCUCAGUGACGUGGACAGUGAGGCCUCGGACAUCAGCCAACCCUACAUUGUGUGCAGACAGUGUCCUGGCUACAGGGCUGAGCACAACCAGUCUUCCUUCCUGCAAGGCCAGCACAGCGGGGCCUGUGAGCUGGCGGCUUUCCGGGUGACGGGCGACGCUCCAUCAACAUCCACCAGUAACCCUGCAGCUGUGAAGGAGUACACCUGCCCUGCACGAGGGGCCCACAUGAUUUGCACUUGCUGUUUCCAGCCGAUGCCGGACCGGCGAGCAGAGCGAGAGCAGAACCCUACUGUCACCCACCAGCAAUGCACGAUCUGUUUACGGACCUUCUGUCACAUGUAUUGGGGCUGUUCUCGUGUGGGUUGCUCUGGCUGUUUGGCACAGUUUUGUGAUAUAAACUUUGGGGAAAAGUGUUUGGAUGGAAUAUUGAACAACAACAGCUGUGAAUCGGACAUUCUUAAGAAUUACCUUACCUCCCGAGGCCUUAGCUGGAAAGAGAUGCUACAGGAGAGUCUGCUGGCUUUACAGAGAGGGGCGUUUGUUCUGUCAGAUUACCGAGUUUCGACCAACACUGUUCUUUGUUACUGGUGUGGGCUGCACAGCUUCCGCGAGCUCGCUUAUCAGUACAGACAGAACAUUCCAGUAGCUGAGCUUCCAGGGACCGUAACUACACGUCCAGAUUGCUACUGGGGGCGAAACUGCCGCACACAGGUUAAAGCACAUCAUGCUAUGAAGUUUAAUCACAUUUGUGAGCAAACGCGGUUCAAGAACUGAGAUUUUCAGCGAUUUUUUUUUUUCUUCUCUUUUUAACAAAAGCCAUUUCUCGUGUCUGGAGAGAAUCCCCGAUGGGAAGGGAGGUGCACGUCAUGUAAACUUUGCGAAAAUGUCUUUGCAAGCCCUUUUUAUACAAUCAACAUUCAGUAAGCUUUGUGUGGCUGCACUUCGUAUAACCUUUAUACCUGACACCAUUGGGCCACCUUUCGAAGGACGAGCGAGGAUGAUGAUGAUUAGAGGGUGUUCACUCACUCGCUUUGGCUGCCUCUUUGGUAAGGAACUUGUGUGUCGGAAUAAACAAUUAUUUCUGGGACUGUAUUAAAAAUGGAACAAAAUGUGCCCUAUUUUUGAGUGAAUUCUAAAGCAAUGUUACUCACCGGUUUUACUACUGUAAUUGCCACAAAGGAACUUUAUUUCCAUGUUUUUGUUGUCUGCUGUGCAGUCAAUAUAGGAGUAAUUGUUUUUGGUCCGAACCUGUUGUAGUAACUAGCGAUAAAAUAUUUCAAAUGCUGUGCUUUUUGUCAGGGGAAAUGCUUGCUUUAAGGAAUGAAGGUAGAUAAUCAAAGGACA